AUGGACUCGAGAAACGCCUUGUUUGGUAGGGGCCCUCGCACCGGCUUGCCAGGAAGGCAGGUCCAGGGCGGUCCUCCGCCCUCUCGGGAUUAUGGCGGCCCUCCGUCAGGCUACAACACACCUCCUGCCUAUGGCGCUCCUCCUAACACGAACCGAGCACCACAGGGACCACCCGGAGGUUAUGGUGGCGGUGGUGGUGGGCGACCGGUGUCCCUCGGCAUCGAGAAGUUUGCAGAUAAUAGAUACAUCUUCGGAAACCUGUCGGCCGUGUCACCGAGCGACUUUCAACCCCGCGAUUCCGGACCCGAUGUCUAUGUUCUUCUCAAAGGACCGUCGUUGUCUGGUGAGUAUGUAGUGACUGCCCGACCUCUGCAAGGCUUUCCCCCGGGAAAGAUCAGUCUGGCGGAACACCAGCGAUCGUGGUGCGGCAUCUCAAUGAUGGAUCAAUUUACGGGCGAGGUGUACGAUCCAUUCUCAAGAGGCAAGAACGCAUACCUCGGCACGCUAGACCUCGAGAUUGCUUUUGCUCGAUCGAAAAUGACUGAGGAGCCAUACGACCAGGACAAACUCGCCGAAGAGAUCACGCGUUUGUUUGCAAACCAAAUAUUCUCGCCGGGGCAAAAGUUCUUGAUGGAAGCCCAGAGUAUUCCACUCAUGUUCACAGUCAAGACAGUGCAGCUUGUCGAUCUGAGCAUGGAAAAGGGUGGUACUUCUGAUGCACCCAGUUCGAGUGAUCGUAACGACCGAGGCAUACUGACCAACGUUACUACCAUCAAUUUCUUCAAAGACGCAAAGUCGCCGAUCAAGCUCAAAGGCUCAGCUAGGCGACCGGCAACCAACGCCAUUCUGCGCCCAGACUUCAAGUUCGAGAACAUGGGAAUUGGUGGUCUCGAUGAAGAGUUUUCCACCAUCUUCCGACGAGCCUUCUCGUCCCGACUACUGCCGAGCGGACUGGUUGACCAGAUGGGCAUUCCCCAUGUGAAGGGUAUGCUUCUUUACGGUCCUCCUGGAACUGGAAAGACUUUGAUUGCCCGUCAGAUCGGAAAGAUGCUCAACGCGCGUGAGCCCAAGGUCAUCAAUGGUCCCGAGAUCUUGAACAAAUUUGUUGGUCAGUCAGAAGAGAAUGUUCGAAAGAUGUUUGCCGAUGCCGAAAAGGAAUACAAAGAAAAGGGCGAAGAAAGUGGCCUGCACAUUAUCAUCUUUGAUGAACUGGAUGCUGUCUGCAAGCAGAGAGGCAGCGGUGCCGGUGGAGGUACUGGCGUCGGCGACAGCGUUGUGAACCAGCUUCUCACAAAGCUCGAUGGUGUUGACCAACUCAACAACAUAUUGCUUAUUGGUAUGACAAACCGAAAGGAUAUGAUUGAUGACGCUCUGCUUCGUCCUGGUCGUCUAGAAGUCCACGUCGAGAUUUCUCUUCCUGAUGAGCACGGAAGACAGCAGAUCUUCAAGAUCCACACGUCCAAAAUGAGGGAGCAUGGCAGAAUUGACGGCGAUGUCAACCUUGCCGAUCUGGCUGCACGGACAAAGAACUUCUCAGGAGCAGAGAUCAACGGUCUUGUCAAGGCCGCAUCCUCGUAUGCUUUUACACGACAGGUCAAGAUUGGAGAUCUCUCCAACCCCUCCAUCAACUACGAUGACAUCAAGGUCAACAUGGAAGAUUUCGUUCGGGCCUUGGACGAUGUGAAGCCUGCAUUCGGUGUGUCGGAAGAAGAAUUAGCUGAUGUUGCCAAGCAUGGCAUCAUUCCCUUCAGUGCUCACAUUGAGCGUAUUCGUGGCGAUGGACGAAACCAUGCCAGUCAAGUAUCGACGGACCCCAAGCAAAGAUUGCUGUCCGUCCUCAUUUACGGACCUCGAGGUUCUGGAAAGUCUGCCAUGGCCGCAGAUAUUGCAAUGAACUCGAACUUCCCAUUUGCCAAGCUUGUAAGCGCCAGCAACAUGCUUGAGAUGGGCGAGCAGGCCAAGAUUGGCUACCUCCGAAAAGUCUUCAACGACGCUUAUAAAUCGCCGAUCAGCGUUGUCAUCAUCGAUGGUCUUGAGCAAAUCAUUGAGUGGACACCUGUCGGCCCUCGGUUCCAGAACGGUGUCCAGGUCGCUAUUGCAUCGCUCAUGCAGACGGAACCGCCGAAAGGCAGGCGGCUUCUCGUUCUCGCUACCACUUCUAGGCGCGAGAUCUUUGGACAAUUGGAUGUGCUUGAGUUUGAUCACGAAUUGGCUGUCCCCGCUGUUCGCGAUGUGCAAGAGUUGGGCGCAGUCUUGAGUUCUCAAGGUGUAUCGGAACAAGAUGUCAACGAGGCACUGUAUGAGAUUGAGACUGUAACCGGGGGUCAAAAGGUUGGUCUAGGUGUCAAGAGAGUUCUGGUUUCUGUCGGUGCUGCUUUCAACAAGGUACGCAACGGUGACAAUCGGCCGGUUGGUCAAAUCAUUGCCGGCGAGCUGCUCCAAAUGAUGGGAUCCGCCUAG